AAACGAGGAGAGAAGAAAAGAAGAGGAAAGAAGAAGAGAGGAAGAGAGAAGGAAGGAAGAGGAGAGAAAAGAGAGGAGGAGAAAAGGAAGGAAGAGGAGAGAAUGAGAGAAGAAGAAAGGAGAAAGAGGAAGAGAGAAGGAGAGGAAGAAAGAAGAAAGGAAGAAGAAAGAAGAGAGGAAGAAAGGAGAAAAGAAGAAAUGAGAAAGAAAGAGGAAGAGAGGUUAAGAGAAGAAGAGAGGAAGAGAGAGGAGGAGAGAAGAAAAGAAGAGGAGAGGAAAAGAAAAGAAGAAGAGAAAAGAAAUAUUGAGGAAAAGAGAAAAGAAGAAGAGAUAAGGAAAGAACGGGAGAGGAAGGAAGAAGAAAAGAGGGAAGCAAUAAGGAGGUUAACUGAACUGAAGAGAGAGGAAGAACAAAGGGAAGAUGAGAGGCGGUUACAAGAGAUAAUACGGCAGCAGGAAGAAAGCCUCAGAGAAGAAGGCAGGAGGCUGGAGGAGCGAAGGCAGCACGAGCAAAGGACUGAGGCAACCCAGCACCAACAACACCAGCAGCAGUUACAGCAACAACAUCAGCACCAGCAACACCAGCAGCAACAACAACAACAACAGCAGCAGCAACAUCCGCAGGGGGCGAGGCCACGCUGGGGGCAGCAGGAGAAGGUGGCGGGGAGUCAGCGCGAGGCGGGCAAAACACAGGAGGAGAUAGAGGAGCUGAGGCGAAUGGAGGAAAUGAAGCAGCAGGAAGAAGAGAGGAUGAGGCAGGAGGCUGAGGCGUACGAGAACUAUCGCCGCCAUCUGGAAGAGAAGAAACGCUCCCACUACUAUGACUCGGACGACUACGCCUCCGAGUGGGACAGCGUGCCGGAGGAGGAGGAUGAGUUGCCUGUUCAGGAGAAAUUCACCGAACUCCGCGCCCAAAGUGAGGAGGAGCUUUAUGACGCACAGGAAAAGUCCAUCCGUAACCUGGAGAGACAAAUCCGCAAGCAGAGUGAGCGGGAGAGGCGGCGACGAUCGACGGAACGCACUCUGUCUGACUCCGAGCAGUAUCGCCAGCCCUCACAGCUGUUCCACUUACAGCACCUGCAGCAGCAACUCCAGCCACCACCCUCAGCAUCGCAGCAGCAACAGCAGCAGCAGCAGCAACAGAAGUCACCAAAGAGUAGAGGUGACCAGAGGGCGUCAGUGAGGGCCCACUCCUCCAGCACCGGUGACCUGCGAUCCAAGACCCUGCCGGUGACCAAGUUCAGUCCAGACCCCAUGGAGUUCGGGUUCCGGCCCAUCGACAAGCCACAAGGCAAACUUUCGAAGUCCACGGGCAAUUUGAGUGGUGGGCCGUCAGCGGUGGCGGCUGCGGCAGUGGCGGGAGCAGAGGCUGGGGCCGUGGCGCUGACGGAGACCACUAGGGAGACAGGCGGGGCGUGGUCACUGCCUCAUUGUCUCUCCAGCAGCCUCGGAGAUCUGCAGCAGGUGUCCUCCAAACCGCCUCUACCUUCAAGCAGGACCCGCGCCAGGUUGAGGCACGCCACAAGCGAGGAGACUCUCUCACGCCCGCAAGCCACCCGCUCGCUCCCGCCGGAGGAGAGCCCUGGUUACGUCUCGGAGGGGGAACUGCCCUCUGAGGACCAGCGGCGCCACACCUACGCCGCAGGGGAGGGCGGAGAGGCGUACCUGGAAGAUCCCAGCCAAUAUGAACUGGAUCCCAUGGACUACACUCGCCUCCUGAAUGAAUACUACGCCGCUUACUACGAGGCCUACUACCAGAGCUACUUCAGGCGCCAGCAGAGCCAAUUGAAGGGCGGCGGCAUGAACACAGCGGGAACCUCACUACCACCACCACCACCACCACCCAUCCCCACCGUCCUCCCUUCCUCUCGUCUUCCUACUGAGAUCCCGGCAAGAGCCCCUCCGGUCAUGAAUCCCCCGGCAGCCCUGGCUGGAGCAAUGAUGAAGGACAAGAAGCCCUUCACCUACACUCCAGGAGGGAUUGACCUGUCAGAGAUUAAGUCACCAAGGAUGCAGAAGCGGCUGCUAAGGAAUGCUCAGUUAGAGGGUGUGCGGCCAUCACCACUGGCCCAGCAAACCCCCCAGGUCCCAGGUAGUUCCUCAGGAGCGGCACCUGCUGCCAGCCACGGCAUAGCAGUACAGGUGCUGCCAGUCCCAGGCAUGGGCAUGGGGCCUCAGCUGCCUCCACAGCCAAGGGAACCACCUAAGGCCAAGAGGAAUGUGUGUGGACCCCCUCCUCCUCCUCCACCCUUUGUAGUCGGAUCAGAGCGCAGAGUCACCUUACCAGCACCCGCCCCGCCACAGACCACCAUCACCUCUCCGCCCACCAUCGCUUCUCCACCUACUUCCCCUCCUACUCAGGCGCACCAGCCCGUCAGUGACCUGGGAGCCUCCAUCCCCGCGGCCCCGCCUCCUCCAUCCUCGGGCUCCGCUGCGUGGCGCUCCAUCCACCCCUCUGCAACACCUUCCGCCCCACCACCUGCGAAAGCUGAGCAACAUGAGCCCUGCCCGCCCCCUCCACCACCACCCCAAGCUGUGAGGGUGCCUACUUCUCCUCUCUUCACUCAGGAGCCUCCUCUCUCUCCUCCUGCUGUAAGGUCACCUGUGGUGCAAUCACCAGCAGUACCCUCAUCACCUCAUGCUCAGCAGGAACUCUCCUCUCAGCCAUGGUCAGACUGGUCCCCAGCAAUACCUGCCAGUGAUUCACAGACUGUGGCUGAUGAUGCACCUCAGCUGUAUCAUCCCCCAACCACUGACCAUUUGCUCAAAGAGAGAGUGCUGUCUCCUGAUGAAAGGGAGGAACAGCCAGACUUCAGUGUUGCUCCUUUGCCCUCAUGGCAAGCAGCAGGAGGAGAUCAAUAUUAUCCUGCAUCAGAGACUCCCACUGAGGAGCCUGCAGUUUCUGUUCAACUGACACCCAAAGACAGUGAAUACAAAGACCCUUCACUUGUACAGCAGGCUUCACCUGUUGACAUAGAUGAUGUCGGAGAGCCUUCACUUAUCAGAGAGCCUUCACCUGUCCAGGAGUCUUUGUCAGUCAGGGAGCCUUCACCUGUUCAGGAGUUUUCACCUGUCAGGGAGCCUUCACCUGAUCAGGAGCCCUCACCAGUGAGGGAGCCUUCACCCAUCGAGAUACCUUUGCCUGUCAAGGAGCCUUCACCUGUUGAGAUGACUUUGCCUAUCAGAGAGUCUUCACCUGUCAAGGAGCCUUCACCUUUCAAGGACUCCUCACCUGUCACCUCACCCUCCCCUAUCGAGGAGCCUUCCCCUGCCAGGGACCCCUUCCCUGCUGAACCUUCACCUUCACAACUAGCAUCAUCCUCACCCAUUAGAGAUUCCUCACCAAGUGAUCAAGAAUCUUCCAGAGACUCUUCACCUGCCAGUCAAGCUUCCUUUAAAGAGCCAUCACCAGUAACACAAGAUUCUUCACCUGCUUCACCAUUCUCUCCCAGACAGGAGUCACCUGUUGCAAUGCCAGGCUAUUCAACUCUUGGCCAGAUACCUUCCCAGGAAUCAUUGCCUGUUGAUGAGACACUAACUAAGGAUAAUUCUCCUAUUCAAACACUGCCAGCCAAGGAUCCUUCUCCUGUAAGCAGAGCAUCAGCAGAAUCACUGAACUCUGAACAACCGAAUGUGUCUGAAACCUCCAUUAGACAUAUGGAGCCACCACAGAUCUCCUCUCCACCUUCCCUGACAGAACCUUCAAUGACUGAGUCAGCACCAUGGCGAAGAGCAACAGCUGAAGACACACCCACUGCACCAAUAGAACAAACACCUUGGCAAACUAUUCAGUCCCCUCAGACUGUUGCUUCUCCAUCUCCUGCUCCAGAAAGAGAAGCAGAGGAACAAAUUACUUCACCUGUAAUACAAACACUUGCUCAAGAUCCAUGUCCAAGAAACUUGCCAGCAUCAUCUGUGCCAGGAAAAGAAGCUCCCUCAAAGCAAACCUCUCAGCCAUGUCCUCCUCAUGUUGCUCAGAUCCCAAUCCAGCAGACUGCAGCAAUGAGUCAGCCAUCUGUCAAACAACAGCAGCAGGCUGCCCCAUCAUGGCAGUCCCCAACACUAACUGAGCCAGAGCCUGCCCAGCCUGUCACACGGCACAUCCCUGUACGCAUGGCCUCUCCCCCUCCCAGAUCAUCUGUGACUUCACCACCAGUUAACACAAAAGGAACCAAGCUGAUCCGACAGGCAUCUUUGCCCACCAAACCCUCCUCACCACAAGUGUCUCCUCCAAAUGCUCAACUUGGCUCCAUCAGUAUCUCCUCCACUAGUGAUGGUGAGUCCCCUCUGUCUCCAUUUAGUGACAAAAGUUCUCAGGGCAGCUCUAGUUCAGGCCUGGAUCGAGCACCACUGCCUUGGAUGUGUCCUCCAAAGCAGGGCCCAUCACCUCCUCCCUUCAUUGUGUCGCCACCUCCAAAUGCUCAACAGAGACACCUGAACCAACUGAACCGCAUUGUACGACAAAAAUCUUCAGGACCAGAGUUGGCUCCUUCCCAAUCCCUCUCUCAGGCCACAGUCAUACCUCAGCCAGAAGUGUACCAGCAUCCAGGAGUCCAGAGGCAGUGGUCAUUUCCUGCAGCACAGCACCAGCAGCAGCCACAACCACCUAGAGUACAGCAGAGCCAACCACCACAACAACGAACCCGCACAAUUCCAAUCCACAUCCAGACUCCAAAUCAGAGCCAAAGCAUCCCUGUCCAUGUACAGCGGCAGCAGCAGCAGCAACAGCCUCAGGCUAGAGAGCGCAUCAUUCCUAUCAUGAUUGAGCAAGACACACCAUCAAAUGACUCAGCUCAAAAUUCUUCACACUUAUUUCCAUCCCAACAAGGGACCUUUAUACCAAUCAAUAUAAUGCGGCAGCAGUCUGAGCCAAACUACCAGCAGACCGUGCAGCAACAGCCAGCCUACCAGUCUCAGCAAUCCUUCCAGCCACAGCCAACCUUCCAGCCUCAGCCAGUGCUUCAGCCACAGUCAACUUACCAGUCACAGCCGGCUUUCCAACAGUCACAGAAGUGGCAGCAUCCUCAACAGCCACAACAGCAGCAGCAGCAGCAGCAACAACAGCCUUGGUCAAAUGCUCCCAGAACAGCAUUUUCUCCACCACAGUUUCCUUCUUCAUCGCUGAUUGGAGGUGCAAAUGGAGCAUUCGUUCCCUACAACUCCCCAGCUGGCCUGUACUCCAAUAAUAGUGCCUUAGAUGCCCUCCACCAGAUGCAACAAAGCCUAGAACAACUCAACUCAGGCAUACAGAACGCGUUCCCAAGGUUCAUUCAGAAAAAAAUGUCGGACUCAAUAACACCAAGGACAGCUCAUUCUAGCUCCCCCAAUCAAAAUGGCAGCGACCAGGGGGAGUCAAUGGCGCCUGUGCAGUCCCGUUCCUUCCGUGUCCUGCAGAAUGUACUCAGCAACCAAGAUGUGGCAGAUGUUCCCUCUAAUGGCGUACCAAUGAGAGUAGAGGUUCCCCUUGGAUCAGGCAGUCCCUCCACUCAACCACGAGGAGCUCAGACAAAUUCUGGAAAUAAGUCCAGUCCACAAAGAGGCUCCUUUUCUCAGGCCAGCAGUAGCCAGAGGGGGCCUGUGUCCCUUGCUAACAUGGGGCAGAGAGGCUCAGUCAGUAGUGCUGGCAAUCCCAUCAGUCAGCUCAAGAGCAACUCAGACCAGCAACAGAACUGUACUUUUAAAGUGAUUCCCAUUCAGCAGGAUGUCAAAAUCACUCCUAAAAUGGGAGGAUUUAAGACUAAUAACUCUAAUGGCAAUGAGUUGUCAAGCAUUUUUAGAAAUCAAGUGCAAGUGUCCACUGACAGUGAUGAGGCCCGCAGCCGAGGAGGUUACUUCCCACAGAGGACUGUGGUGGUCACUCAGUGUGGUUCUGAUGAUGAAACCUCCAAUUAUAUGCGACAGACAAAGCAACAAUCUUAUGGUCCUGUGCACCAAGAAGAGACUCAGCAAAGUAGUCCAAAACAACAGAUGCAGCAGACCUAUAAGAGUGUGCAGAGUGAAGGACACCCCAAGAGUCCUCAUCAUAAGCACUCACAGCAAAGUGAUAUGCCUAAUUCAUCAAGAUUUUUCCGUAUGCUGCAGACAAUCACUGAUACUUUGCCUGAUGGAGCUGAGCCGCAGGGACCCGUCCACAUUCCCAACUUACGUCAGCAACAGAAGCCAAGUCCUCUGCAGCAGCCGGUUCAGUAUCAGCCCCCAACCCAUUACCAGCCAACUUCCCUUUACCAGCAGCCAGGUGGUGUGACCAGCUCUGCCCCAACUGAAGAUGCUCCUCCUGAGCCCAAAAAGUACAUGGGAGGAAGCAUCCCCUCACGAUCCUUCAAGAUGCUGCAAGCUUUGACAUCUACAGAUGAUGCAUCAGACAACGGAGUUCCUGCCAAUGGGUCAGAGGCCUCCCACCCAACUGACAGCGACACACAGCAUGCAGGCAGUCAGAUCCCCUCUCCUGCCUGGAAAACCCACAUUCAGAGCUCCCCAUCACCCCUAUCCCCAUCCUCUACUCCCACCACAACAAAUGACAGUUCCUCUGAUAGUGGGAUUUUUUCUCCCUCCAAAGUAUCUCCAUCUUACACUACCACUGAAGACAGUAAAGUAUACAGACAUGUUUCUCCCAAGGUCACCACUGUUAAAACAAAGCAGGAACAUGUUGUCAACCCAGCUCUCAGUCAAAAGAGUGUUACCUCUCCUACUUGGAAAAAUAGUCAUGCACCAAAAUUUUUCUCUUCACAUCCAACACCAACUGUAAUCAAAUCACAGGAAUCAAAUGGGCAGGAUUUAAGUCAAGAAUCUCCAAGAGUCAUAAAGAUUAUGAGACAGGAGUCAACAAGCUCCCAAAACAGUCAGGAAGGAACUGAAGUACGUUAUGAAGGAGGGCACAUUCCUUCACGUGUGUUCCGACACCUGCAGACCGAAUAUCCAGAUUCAUCAGCUGAUAAUCAUAUGGUGAAACCUCAAGAAAAUUCUAACAUACAGCCACCACAUAUUGAGGUUAAGGCAAUUCCCUCAAGGGUUGUAAAGUCUCAUCAGACCAGUGGUCUUGAAUCUGAUAAAUCAAGCUCCUUUGGGGAACUUGACUAUCACUGUAAUGGAAUGUCCUCAACAGCUGCACACAAAGAUACUGUACUGAAAGAACUCACUUCCCAGUUUGGGAGCAUGGGUGUCAGGAAGAAGCCCAGAGCUGCACCAGGAAGAGUGUUCCGACACCUCCAAGAUCAAUAUGACACACCAGAGGACGACCACCAGCAGGAAGUCCCCCAACAACAAACAGAGGAUGCACCCAGCUUUGGAUAUCGAGGAUCAAAGCUGCCUUCACCAUCUUUUAAAUUCCUGCAGAAUCAGUAUCACCAGCAAGACAGACCAGAGGAGACUUUCUGUGAGGGUGAACAAACUCACAAUGCUCCAGAGUAUGAGGAAGAGCCAUUGCCUUACCAAGGGGCACGUCUUCCAGGCCGCACAUUUAAGUCUCUUCAGGAUAAUAUGGGUGCACAUCCUUCAGUUUUCAAGCCAAGGAAGUGAGGAUAAAUCACUUUUAAAGAAAAUCUGUAUUCAGAUCUAUUAACGUGAAGAGGUUGUCACAAAAAUACCUAUAUAAACUAUAGGUUGUACAAUUCAUGUUUGGUUCAUUCUUCACUCAAUAGAAACAAAUUUAUUAGGUAGCAUUAUACAAGCUUACCAUAAUAACUAUAUCAUAUGUAACAUUUCAGUACUAGCUCUAGCAUCAAAGUACAUCAUUAAUAUAUUUAAAUACAUGCAUAUACAUAUAUUUUAUGAUUCUGAUUACUACAUAUAGCUUGUAUGUAUGCAAUAUAUAUAUAUAUAUAUAUAUAUAUAUAUAUAUAUAUAUAUAUAUAUAUAUAUAUAUAUAUAUAUAUAUAUAUAUAUAUAUAUAAAACAUGUCCAUUAGUGGCAUCUACUAGCCUUUACUAUAGACUAUUAAGUUGCUGAGAUAUACUCAUCUCUCUCUCUUGUUUCAAGAACAAUAUCACCAUCAGACUACUUUGAAAAUUGCUCUUUGCAGAAACAUGUGUUGAUUGUGAAUUGUGAAUUGUGAUAUUAGUCCAGUAUCUUCACACAGUACAUUAGGAUAAUCUUGUUCAUUGUUCCCCAUAACCAAAAGAUAUUAUAUUUGUAUCAAUUUUGUAUUAAUUGUUCUUAUUUUUAUAAUAUGUUAGAUAUGAAUUACAAAAAACUUUAGAUAAUUGAUUUGGUUCCUCAGUAUCACUGUUGUCAGCACACCCAGCCACACACACACACACACACACACACACACACACACACACACACACACACACACACACACACACACACACACACACACACACACACACACACACACACACACACACACACACACACACACACACACACAGUCCUCAUUCCAAAAGUUUUAUUUGACCCUCCAUGAUACUUUAUGUUUUGUUUUGUUAUGUUUUUGUGUUGGUAAGGUAGAGGAUAAGGAUAUUGAAUGUGUUCUUCAGUGUUUAUGCAUUUGAUAUAACUACUUAUGGUUAUUUUAUAAAAACUGUGUUGCUCAUAUUGUCGGCAGUUACUGGAUUAUUAGCUCUUGGGGUAGAUGGUGCAUGCAGAUUAUCAAGUACUAUCCAGUGUUGCAUUAAGCAUACCAUUAUAUACACAUAAUAGCUCCAUCACACCCAUGUAGUGGAAUCAAGAUACUGUAACAAGCAAUACAUAAACUUUGAAGGAUACCAAAAAAAACAUCAACACGUUAAAAUCUGAGGAUGUAGCUCAUAGAUUAGUGGCAUAGUUAGUCACCUGUGUCUGUGCUGCAGUUUUUGAGGCCUGUGAAAAAUGUUUUGCUUUUAUAGCCAUGUUGAAAGUCAUGCAGUAUGUAGCACAUGCAUCAUUUCCUUGUGUGACAUGACUCUGGAUUUGCCAUUCUUUAUUCAUAGAUAGAAAGAGUAAAGCACCUUUUCAUUUGUAUUGUUUGUCUUCAUGCAAAAAUAGGAAAACAGUUUUAUUUGGAUAUCUUUUUUGUUUCUGUGAUUAGUUUUUCAUAUUUAAAAAACUGUCAAUGUAUGUACAAAAUUAUCCUCGUCAUGAGGACACUGCAAAACCCUUGAUCCCUGUAGCCCCAGCACAACCUCUCCUGCUCCUACCACACCCAUCCUUCGCUGAUUCAUCCUAGUGUUGUCUUCCCAUUUGGCUUGCUUGUGGUGUUGAGGAUGUUGCUUUGUUGCAGGUCCAGGCCAGAGUGACUUGUAAAAAAAGCUUUCAACAGGAAAAGUCAUGCACGAAACAAGCAACUACAAUGGUUUUCCUGCAGAUAGGGAUAGCUCUGUGCUUCAUGUAGACAGAGUAUGAAGGUAGUGAUUAUAUUUGUGACUUGCAAUGAUGAAAUUUCACCUAGGGAUGAGAAGGAAGGUGAAGAUAAGCAUCAAGUCUUGUUUGUGCCUUUUCAGAUUUACAAAGUGCAUGUAAAUACAUGCAGUAAAAGAAUGAUAUUGUUCUUUCAAUGUCUUAUUUUUGAUAACUUGCACCUUGUGAUUACUUUGUAUCACAACAGUGUUAAGGUGUGUUGCAUAUUGUGAAGACAGACAGGUAAUGGCUGAAGAAAAAAAAAUUUUCCCCAUACGUAACAAAGGUGUCAGUCUGGUGAAGGGGGAAGACUGAGGCUCAUGAUGUUUCACACUGGGGUUGUGAUUUUGCAGUGUUCUAUAUACUCCCUCAUCUCUGCUCUUUUUCAUGCUCUUUACUCAAAUUUAACAUGAUUCCAUCAUUCAUUAAUUGUUUAUAGAGAAUAGAAAUUCAGUUUAAAGUACUAAUUUUUGAGUUCAGGACACAUCCUUUGAAUAAAGUCUAGUGGUGGUGUCUGCUGAGUGAGCCUAAUGCCUUCAUUUUGAUAGCAUUUUGUAGUUCCUGCUCAUGUGAUUAAUCUUAAUGUUCAUUUGCAUCAUUCUUGAUGUAGCUCUUAUGCAAUCAAUAACAUGGGAAAGCUGAAUUUUUCACAUAGCUUAUAUUUUUCUUGACUGGUAAUGAAAUACUGAGAAUAUUUGAAUGUGAUAUCUUGAUGUGCUGUGGAUGUCCUAGUGUGUCAUUGCGUAAUACUGUAAUAUGGUACGUACCAGUUCUGCACCAUUGCAACAAUGGUUUUAGUUCAUUGUGAAGGUCUCCUUUCCUAUUCAAUUGUAUGAAUGUUUGUGCUGCUUUUAACUGAUACUGGAGUGUUUGUAGGCUUUGCAGGGAUAAUUAAUGUCAUUAUAGACUAGGCAUCAAUUCUGGUUUACAUGUAAUUCUGUUUUGUAUCUGGAAUGAAUAAAUAGCUGUAACUUU